GCAAUGAAGUAAAAUCUCAAAAAAAUGUCUUUGCUAUUCAAGGUCUUCCUUCUGGCAAUUAUUUGUGGUGGUGGGUUCUUGUGCGCUUCCGAAGAAAUCGAGGAAUGCGCAAGUAAUCCAUGUCAAAAUGGCGGAACAUGUACAGAUUUGAUUAACGACUAUAAUUGCAGCUGUGUGCCUGGAUACACCGGACGCAAUUGCUCAAUUGAUAUCGACGAAUGCGCCAAUAAUUUUACAAAAAUAUCAAAUACCCCAACGAAAUCAAGCACUCAAACGACAUCAAGUAAUCCGACAACAUCAAGUACUCCAACAACAUCAAGUACUCCAACAACAUCAAGUAAUCCAACAACAUCAAGUACUCCAACAACAUCAAGUACUCCAACAACAUCAAGUACUCCAACAACAUCAAGUACUCCAACAACAUCAAGUACUCCAACAACAUCAAGUACUCCAACAACAUCAAGCACUCCAACAGCCUUAAGCACUCCAACGGCAUCACGUACUCCAACGCCUUCAAGUUCUCCAAAAACAGCAAGUACUCCAACAACAUCAAGCACUCCAACAGCCUUAAGCACUCCAACGGCAUCACGUACUCCAACGCCUUCAAGUUCUCCAAAAACAGCAAGUACUCCAACAACAUCAAGCACUCCAACAGCCUUAAGCACUCCAACGGCAUCAAACACUCCAACGCCACCAAGUACUCCAACGCCUUCAACUACUCCAACAACAUCAAGUACUCCAACAACAUCAAGCACUCCAACAACAUUAAGCAGAUCAAGUACACCAACAACAUCAAGUACUCCAACGACUUCAACUACUCCAACAACAUCAAGUACUCCAACAGCAUUACGCACUCCAACAGCAUCACGUUCUCCAGCAACAUCAAAUAAUCCAACACCAUCAAGAAUUCCAACAACUUCAAGUACUCCAACGCCCUCAAAUACUCCAAAAAUAUCAAGUACUCCAACAACAUCAAGUAUUCCAACAAUAUCAAAUACUCCAACAACAUCAAGUACUCCAGCAACAUUAAGCACUCCAACAACCUUAAGCACUCCAACGGCAUCACGUACUCCAACGCCUUCAAGUACUCCAACAACAUCAAGUACUCCAACAACAUCAAGUACUCCAACAGCAUCAAGUACUCCAACAGCAUUAAGCACUCCAACAGCCUUAAGCACUCCAACGGCAUCACGUACUCCAACGCCUUCAAGUACUCCAACAACAUCAAGUAUUCCAACAAUAUCAAAUACUCCAACAACAUUAAGCACUCCAAUGGCAACACGUUCUCCAGCAACAUCAAGUACUCCAACAACAUCAAGAACUCCAACACCAUCAACAAUUCCAACAACAUCAAGCACUCCAACGACAUCAAGCUCUCCAACGCCAUCAAGUACUCAAACAAAAUCAUGUACCCCAACGUCAUCAUGUUCUCUAACAACAUCAUGCACCCCAAUGAUAUUAUGUGAAAAGAUAUCAUGUACCCCAAAGACGUCAAUCACUCCAACCACAUCAAAUGACCCAAUGACAUCAAGCAUCCCAAAAAUAUCAAGCACUCCAACGCCAACAAGUACUCCAACAAAAUCAUGUACACCAAUGAAUUCAUGUGCUCUAAUAACAUCAUGCACUCCAAUGAUCUUAUAUAAAAAGAUAUCAUGUAUCCCAACGACAUCAAUCACUCCAAGAACAUCAAGUAUCCCAACGCCUUCAAGUGUUCGAACCACAUCAAGUACUCCAACGACAUCAAGCACUCCAACAAAAUCAUGUACCCAAAUGACAUCAUGUUCUCUAUCAACAUCAUGCACCCCUCUGAUAUCAUAUAAAAAGAUAUCAUGUACCCCAAAGACGUCAAUCACUCCAACCACAUCAAAUGACCCAAUGACAUCAAGCACCCCAAAAAUAUCAAGCACUCCAACGCCAACAAGUACUCCAACAAAAUCAUGUACCCCAAUGAAUUCAUGUUCUCUAAUAACAUCAUGCACUCCAAUGAUCUUCUAUAAAAAGAUAUCAUGUACCACAACGACAUCAAUCACUCCAACCACAUCAAGUACCCCAACGACAUCAAGCACUCCAACAAAAUCAUGUACCCAAAUGACAUCAUGUUCUCUAACAACAUCAUGCACCCCACUAAUAUCAUAUAAAAAUAUAUCAUGUAUCCCAAGGACGUCAAUCACUCGAACCACAUCAAGUGACCCAAUGACAUCAAGCAUCCCAAAAACAUCAAGCACUCCAACGCCAACAAGUACUCCAACAAAAUCAUGUACCCCAAUGAAUUCAUGUUCUCUAAUAACAUCAUGGUAUCCAAUGAUAUCAUGUAAAAUGAUAUCAUGUACUCCAACGACAUCAAUCACUCCAGCGACAUCAAGUUACCCAACAUCAUCAAGUACCCCAAUGGAAGCAAAUAUUCGAGCCCCAUCAAGUACUCCAACAAAAUUGUGUACCCCAACGACAUCACGUUCUCUAACAACUUCAUGCUACCCAAUGAUAUCAUGUAAAGUGAUAUCAUGUACUCCAACGACAUCAAUCACUCCAGCGACAUCAAGUUACCCAACAUCAUCAAGUACCCCAAUGGAACCAAGUAAUCCAACAACAUCAUGUACCCCAACAACAUCACGUUCUCUAACAACAUCAUGCUACCCAAUGAUAUCAUGUAAAAUGAUAACAUGUACUCCAACGACAUCAAUCACUCCAACGACAUCAAGUUACCCAACAUCAUCAAGUACCCCAAUGGAACCAAGUACUCCAACAACAUCAUGUACCCCAACAACAUCACGUUCUCUAACAACAUCAUGCUACCCAAUGAUAUCAUGUAAAAUGAUACCAUGUACUCCAACGACAUCAAAUAGUACUCCAACGACAUCAAUCACUCCAGCGACAUCAAGUUACCCAACAUCAUCAAGUACCCCAAUGGAAGCAAAUAUUCGAGCCCCAUCAAGUACUCCAACAAAAUUGUGUACCCCAACGACAUCACGUUCUCUAACAACUUCAUGCUACCCAAUGAUAUCAUGUAAAGUGAUAUCAUGUACUCCAACGACAUCAAUCACUCCAGCGACAUCAAGUUACCCAACAUCAUCAAGUACCCCAAUGGAAGCAAAUAUUCGAGCCCCAUCAAGUACUCCAACAAAAUUGUGUACCCCAACGACAUCACGUUCUCUAACAACUUCAUGCUACCCAAUGAUAUCAUGUAAAGUGAUAUCAUGUACUCCAACGACAUCAAUCACUCCAGCGACAUCAAGUUACCCAACAUCAUCAAGUACCCCAAUGGAACCAAGUAAUCCAACAACAUCAUGUACCCCAACAACAUCACGUUCUCUAACAACAUCAUGCUACCCAAUGAUAUCAUGUAAAAUGAUAACAUGUACUCCAACGACAUCAAUCACUCCAACGACAUCAAGUUACCCAACAUCAUCAAGUACCCCAAUGGAACCAAGUACUCCAACAACAUCAUGUACCCCAACAACAUCACGUUCUCUAACAACAUCAUGCUACCCAAUGAUAUCAUGUAAAAUGAUAACAUGUACUCCAACGACAUCAAUCACUCCAACGACAUCAAGUUACCCAACAUCAUCAAGUACCCCAAUGGAACCAAGUACUCCAACAACAUCAUGUACCCCAACAACAUCACGUUCUCUAACAACAUCAUGCUACCCAAUGAUAUCAUGUAAAAUGAUACCAUGUACUCCAACGACAUCAAAUACUCCAACAUCAUCAAGUACUCCAUUGGCACCAAGUGCUCAGACGACAUCAAGUGACCCAAAGAAAUCAAGUACCCCAACAAAAUCAUGUACCCCUACGACAGCACGUUUUCUAACAACAUCAUGCUACCCAAUGAUAUCAUGUAAAAUGAUAUCAUGUACUCCAACGACAUCAAGUUACCCAACAUCAUCAAGUAACCAAACGACGUCAAGUACUCCAACAACAUCAUGUACCCCAACAACAUUAUGUACCCCAACAACAUCAUGCACCCAAAUGAUAUCAUGUACUCCAUCGUAUAAUUGCAUAUGUUUAGCUGGAUAUACCGGACGCAAUUGUUCAAUUAAUAUUGACGAAUGCGCAAGUAAUCCAUGUCAAAAUAAUGGAUCAUGUACAAACUUGAUCAACGACUAUAAUUGUAGCUGUGUGCCUGGAUACACCGGACGAAAUUGCUCAAUUGGUGAGUCAAUGACGAUAAAAUUAUGUAACACACAAUGA